AUGAGCAUGAGAUGGAGAUCACUUAUUGCAAACCUUAUAUCAAUUAUUGCUUUAUGGACAAAUUGUAACGCGGAUCCUGAUGUAUUCUCUUGUUUUCUUUUGUACAGCAAUCGUUACUUGCAGCGAUCGGGAGCGGUUUUUAUUGGGAAUUUGUCGUCACCGAGUGAAUGUCUUGAAAGAUGUCUACAGGCAAAUCGACUCAAUUUCUUGGAAUGUCGAUCGGUGAUGUGGAGAAGAGACACAAAUGAUUGUGUUUUAAGUCGACAUAGAAGAGUGGCAAGACGAGUGAAUGAGACAAAAGUGAUCGAGAAGUCUUUCGAGAACAAUGAAUGGGCAAAAGAUCAGAGGACAACGAUUCCGAUUAAAGAAAUUGAUGAAAAGAUUCUAAAAGAGAGUAUUAAUCAAAUCUUUGUAGCUGCUUCGGGUUUUAUUUCUUCAACGCCUGAUCCCAACUCUCUUGUCAAUGUUUUAUCAAGAAAACGAGCUAAAGUUUUUGCCUCAACCCAAUCAGUGCCACUUCAUCCGAUCACUCUAAAUGACAUUACGGGCACAACAACGAUUGACUCGAUGCCGAUUUCGAAUGAUUUCUCGGGAAAUUCUCGUCGAUCACACGUUGAACCUUCUCCAAUACAACCACUCGUCACAAAUCCCCUCAAUAGAACGGCUUUAAACCUCCAAAAACAAAUGAUCGAUUCUCCGAUUCGCUUGAAUACAUUUUAUAAAAACAGCAAAAAAUCCAUCCCGUUCUCAUCAGUCGAGAGUUUUGACUCAAGAUCAAAUGCUGUAGCUGUCAGUGGAGAUACAAUUCCUUCAAAAGUUUCUCCAAUUCGAACAAAUGUAAACACACAUGCGCACGUAUUUCGGAGGAAACAAAACGAGUUGACAAGGAAUGUUCGAGGCUCUGUAAUCUUAAUCCCAGCUAAAGGAGCAAAUCCAAGUCCGCCAACGAUCGCCCCAGCAAUAACAACCAAUACGAUUAAAGCGAUUCGACCCGGUCCCAUCACUCGUCACUACUACAAACCGAAUAGUAAGCCGAUCUGCAUAGUGAAUGGUGGAAGUUCAUCACAAACGAGAACAGCGCUUCAAACAUCGAAAACGAUUGACUACUACGAGAAUGUCUGUCCACCAGCGCAACCAAGAACACCAGAUCAACUCAUCAUUCCCAGCUUUAUCAUUUCUCGAUGUUUAACUCCAAUUGUGAAUACGAUACUGGAAGAUCUUGAUGCGUCACUUGUCACAUCCGCACAGACAUUGGAAGAGUGUCAAACCCGAUUU